AUGGCACAAAACAAAUUCAUUGGCUCCAUGAUUUUCCUUGCACUGAUCAUUUUCGACCAGGGAUUUCACUCCACUGAGGGACGAUACGUAAAGCAUAACGAAAGCAACCAACACCUCGUGAAGUGUAAGAACCAUGAUGAAGUGCAUUGUGGCAUUUCAGCUACAAAUGUGUAUCCACUAACGCCAUCAACAUCAAUGGUUGAUGCAACUGGGGCGGCGCCGCCUCCAGCUCACGGUGUGGAUGAUUUUAGACCCACGACACCGGGACACAGCCCUGGUGUAGGACACUCCGUUCACAAUUAG